AUAAGAAGGAUCUCCUUCCGGUGAACAAAGGAGCACAUCCAGAACAGAGAACACUACAACCUUUUCACGCUGAUUAUCGUCAAUUGGAAAUAACUGUGUUGUUUGGCAAUAGAAGCAAAGAGCCCUCAUGAUCUCUCUUGUCUGCUCCACGAUGUUUAUACACCUCCUUAUGUAUACAGUAUAAAAAUACGAGCUUGGUCCAUCGUUGGCACGGUCAUUGGCGAAGACUACCCUUCCGCACGGAAAAAUCUGCCACACGUGCGUAAGCUCCGAGCAAAUUCCUGUCGAGUUGAUUGAACUCAUCGAUCCGAGAAAGGAUCCUGAGGGAGCCCCGAUCGCUUCCCUCGGCCCAUUGGAAUGCCUGAUUCCGGCCAUCGCUCAGAUACUUGCUUUGCUUGCGACAAUCCGGAUUCCCACUUGCUCCCCAUCCUGUUUUGGGUCGACGAUCGGCGGGCGUCGUUCAUCUCCCGAUGAUCCAUCAUCUUGGGGAAAUACACGUUAUAGCAUUCCUAGCCUCUGAAUUGGUUUGGGCUUUUGGUCGCUCUGUUGAAAAGUUCCGAUAUAGUCUUAUUAAACGUAUGACUGAGCUCGAAAUGUCGUGACUUGUGGCGGAAAUUGGGCAGAGAGGAUAUCAUAUUUGGUGAAAAAACUGCAACGAGAACAACCCUUUAACACGGUGCAAUCUUGAAUUGUUCUGGUUUUUUUCUAUUUCACAGCCGGAAAAUCGCUCUUCCUCCCUGCAUAUAUGGAUGAUCUCCCUGUUGAAGUGAUUGGGAACAUACUGUCACAGCUCAAAGCUGCAAGAGAUGUCGUGGUUGCUUCCAUGACUUGCCGGAAAUGGAGAGAGGCUUGGAAGAAGCACCUUCGAUCACUCUCCUUUGAUUCAAAUGAUUGGCACAGGCAGCAUGAUAUAAGCACGAGCAGCCUGGAGAUCCUCAUUACGCAGACCAUAUUCCAGACUCGAGGCCUUCGGUGUUUGUCCAUCUCGAUGGAGGAUGCGGAUGAGUUUUCGGCCGCCCCCGUGAUCGCUUGGCUCAUGUACACCAGGGACACCUUGCGUGAGCUAUGUUAUAAUGUGAGGACGCAUCCGAACAUCAAUAUUCUUGAGCGAUGCGGAAGGCAGAAGCUCGAAGUAUUGAAGUUGGCUCAUACUUCUAUCAUGGGUGUUGAGCCGAGUUAUCAGAAGUUUCCUCACUUGACAUCGCUCUCUUUGAGCUUCGUUAGUGUCUCAGCCUUGGAUUUGAGCCUCCUCCUUUCUAUCUGUCCAAGGAUCGAGUCGCUGGCUCUUAUUAAUCCAGAUAUUACCAUGUCAGAUCCGCAGGCGACUAUGGAGUUGACAAGUCACUCAUUGAAAGAAAUCCAUGUGAAAACGAUAAGUUUGGAUAAGUUUCUAUUGGAAGCUGAUAACCUUCAGAACUUGCACCUACGAGAUUGUAAUCUUGAGGUUUUUGAGCUGAUUGGGAAAGAGGCAUUAAGAGUACUUAAGAUGGACGAUGUUAGUAUUAUGCAUCUCGAUAUUAGUGAAAGCAUGGAAAAUCUCGAGGUUGUGGAUUUCGCCAACUUCACAGUCAUGUGGCCGAAAUUUUACCAUAUGAUCUCCAAAUCUUCGAAGUUGAGGACGCUUCGUCUAUGGGGUGUUGUUCAGGAUGAAGAAGUUGAAGCUAUGGACUUGGAGACGAUCUCUGAUUGCUUCCCUCGGUUAAGCCACCUAGCUUUGAGUUACGAUCUGGGGGAUGGUGUUUUAAACCACUGUUUGCAGGGCUCAUCUAACUUGGAGAAUGUGGUUGUGCUUGAACUUGGAUGGACCAUAAUUAGCAACCGCUUCUCAGCGUGGGUGGCAGGACUUCUCGAGAGAUGCCCCAGAUUGAAGAAAUUGAUAAUUUUCGUGCGUGUAUCAGAGGUCAAAACAGAGGACGAGUAUGGUAUGCUGGGCAGUUUCACCACGUCGAUGGUUCCUCUUAUGAGAAAAUAUAUGGAGGUAGAGGUCCAAUUCGAGUUUGAAUAGAUGUUAUGUUAAGACCAGUUUUGACUUUUCAGGUCUCGGUUAGUCACUGGUUGGUACAGGACCUCAGAAAUCUUGCAAUCUUUUUGUUUCUUCAGUCCUUAAAAAAAAGUGAACAAAGUUGCUUUUUCUUUUGACGUACACAUGCUGAGCAAUAUAGGAUCAUAGUAAUUCGUUGUGUUCGCCACUCAUCCUCUUGCCCAGCCCCCAGAGAAGCGCUCUUUUCAUUGGCUAUGUGCUAUUCUUGUGAGAUUUGAAGUUUCAAGGACACUCUUCUCUGUGUUGACAACUUUGCUUAGACCAUGCUAUCGUAGAAGAGACCAUUCGCCGGAGUUCAAUUGUGGACCACCGUUAGCAGCUCGACGAGUAGCUGGACAUUCCCACCAUUCUCUGCUUUAAACCCCGUGACCUGGAGAUGGAUUCUUCAAAACGACUAUUCUGUCCUAGUUGUUGCCAGCAGCAUACCAAUUGCAGCAACAGCAACGGUCCCGGACAGUUUCUGGAAUUGAGCGUCUGGUUGGAAACAUAUCAGACCGUCAUCCUUCACCAAAAGACUGGAGAGAUGAUCAAGUGCUUGCAUUGGUAAGAUCUCAGCGAAUGAUCAGAGGCUUUUGACACCGGUGUUUCUAAUGUACUAGGGCCUGCAAAUGGCCGUGAUUAUGCAAUGUCAGGUUCAGCUGAUUGGAGCAUGGACGAUUGCCGAGCAGUUACGCGAAUUCGUCAGCACAAUGUGGAGCAACAUGAUAGUACCGGUGGAUAUGAUGGUUGGGAUUACAAUUACGAACUGCCUUUGAGCAGCUCUUGGCUGAUGCUGCAAACUUGACAUCGAACCUGAAGGUGACCGAGUUCUGUAGGAUGAGGACCUUGACCUAUUCUCUUAGACGUUGGGACGUGGGCUCUCCAUUGGAGUUGACAUCGUCGGGUUCCCAAGACUGCAAUGUGCACGGGCCUGCGAUUUGCCACUCGAAUGAAUGACAGGAGUCCAACGAAGCUAUGGCGUAUCAAUGCACGAGAAA